AUGUCAGGAAAAGGUGGUAAAGCUGGUUCUGCUGCUAAAGCUUCUCAAUCUAGAUCUGCUAAGGCUGGGUUGACUUUCCCAGUUGGUAGAGUUCACAGAUUGCUAAGGAAAGGUAACUACGCUCAGAGAAUUGGUUCUGGUGCUCCAGUUUACUUGACAGCUGUUUUAGAGUACUUGGCUGCUGAAAUUUUAGAAUUGGCUGGUAACGCUGCUAGAGAUAACAAGAAAACCAGAAUUAUCCCAAGACACUUGCAGCUUGCAAUCAGAAAUGAUGACGAGUUGAACAAGCUAUUGGGUAAUGUUACUAUUGCCCAAGGUGGUGUUUUGCCAAAUAUUCACGCCAACUUGUUGCCAAAGAAAUCGGCAAAGGCGGCAAAGGCUUCUCAAGAACUAUGA